GCACAAAGUAGCCUUCACAGAAAAUCGUGAACACCAAACCAAACAAACCUUAGAAGCUGCGCCUCUCUGUUCGAAACCCUAUUUGCGUGUUAACCCUACAUUUUGAAAUCAGAUUUUCGAGCUCAUCGGAACUGUAGGAUUAGGGAGUAAAUAAAUUACGAUAUAUAAUCUGAUAUUCGUCUUUCGAUUAAUAAUCUCGCGGUACACUCACCUAUAGUUCGGAUUAUUUUUCCUUUUUUUAAAGAAUUUUAUCAAAUUACGGCUUGCUUUGUUCGAUCAACAAUCUCGCGUAAUUGUUGAUUGGUUUCGGGAAAUCCAGUCCCGAAAAUCAUCGGCGAUUUGUUGCAUCUGAGCUUCAGGUUUUCCUUCGUUCACGAGGGCUUUUGAUUUACGCGCGGUGGAAAAUGGUUGGUGGUGGGAAUAGGAGGGAUGAGGGAUCGUUUACCGUGAGCAACACCAAUGUUUUUGCGGCGCUGGAUUCUUUGAGGAAGAAGAAGAAAUCUGACAAAGAUAAGGGUUCGUCCAGGGGGAGUAAGAGCUCCACUAAGAGUGGCGCUGCUUCUGGAAAAUCAAAAGCGGAGGAAAAGCCGGUGUACUGGGCUCCGGCACCUUUGACGGUGAAGUCGUGGGCGGAUGUGGAUGAUGAGGAUGACGAUGAUUACUAUGCCACCACGGCUCCUCCCCAGGCGAUGUGGGGUGGUUCCGGUUUGAAUAAAGUGGAUGAAACAGAGAAACAAGAUCAAUUGGAGGAAAGUGAGAGUGAAGAUGAGCUUCUCGAUGAAGGUGAUGAUGAUGUAGAUGAGGAGCCUGAUCAUGAAACAGAGGUCGGAGAACCUUCUGAACCGGUAGUCGAAACACAGGUUGAACAAUCUCCAGCACCUAGGGAGACAGAAAGACAACUUUCCAAGAAGGAGAGAAGAAAAAAGGAGCUUGCUGAAUUAGAGGCCAUUUUAGCUGAUUUUGGAGUAAACCCUAAAGAGAAAGCUGAAGAUGUAACAACCGACCCAAACAAUGACGGGAAAGAGGUGCAACUGAAUGGAGUUGCAGAGAAGAAAGAAAGUGCUUCACCUGCUGAAUCCAAAAGUGCAAAGAAGAAGAAGAAGAAGGCCUCCAAAGAAGCUAAGGAACCUCAGGACCAGCCCAAUACCUCAGAUGCUCAUAAUGAACAAGAUGAGGCUGAAUAUGUGGAGGGAGACACUUCUGCUGUUGAUGUGAAGGAGCGGCUCAAGAGGGUGGCUUCUGCUAAGAAAAAGAAAUCGAGCAAGGAGGUUGACUCCGCUGCAAGAGCUGUUGCUAUGGAGGCUGCAGCACGGAGUGCAAAACUUGCGGCUGCCAAAAAGAAGGAGAAGAACCAUUAUAACCAGCAGCCAAUCCGGUAAGAGAAAAUUCGAGCUUUGGAGCUCUGAUCGAAUGGAGAUAGAUGUAUUUUUGUGGUUAAUAAACUCCGAGCUCUUGCCUCUAGUUUUGUAGUAGAUGAACUUCGAAUAGAACUUUACAUGUCAAAAGAUGUUUCUUUAUAUUUUUUUCGUUUUAAAUCGAGAAACCGUUGCAUUUGGUA